AGAAAUCCAUGCACCUAUUGUAAAGGAAGAAAGAGGUUAUGUAGUUAGUAGGUGCUCAAACAUGUGUACUGGAGAAAAAUGCAACAUGCUUUUUGCAAUACUUGCUCCAGAACAAAUUAAAGAAGUUUUAUUGGAAGAAUUAGAAAAGGCAGCUAUAAAGGAUAGAAACAAGCGGGCAACUCUACGUCCGUGA